AGGGCCUAGGCGCAGACGCACUGAGCCCAAGCAGCCGGUGAUGGCGGCAGCUGCGGUGGUGGCUGCGGCGGGUCCGGGCCCAUGAGGCGACGACGGAGGCGGGACGGUUUUUACCCAGCGCCGGACUUCCGAGACAGGGAAGCUGAGGACAUGGCAGGAGUGUUUGACAUAGACCUGGACCAGCCAGAGGACGCGGGCUCUGAGGAUGAGCUGGAGGAGGGGGGUCAGUUAAAUGAAAGCAUGGACCAUGGGGGAGUUGGACCAUAUGAACUUGGCAUGGAGCAUUGUGAGAAAUUUGAAAUCUCAGAAACUAGUGUGAACAGAGGGCCAGAAAAAAUCAGACCAGAAUGUUUUGAGCUACUUCGAGUACUUGGUAAAGGGGGCUAUGGAAAGGUUUUUCAAGUACGAAAAGUAACAGGAGCAAAUACCGGGAAAAUAUUUGCCAUGAAGGUGCUUAAAAAGGCAAUGAUAGUAAGAAAUGCUAAAGAUACAGCUCAUACAAAAGCAGAACGGAAUAUUCUGGAGGAAGUAAAGCAUCCCUUCAUUGUGGAUUUAAUUUAUGCCUUUCAGACUGGUGGAAAACUCUACCUCAUCCUUGAGUAUCUCAGCGGAGGAGAAUUAUUUAUGCAGUUAGAAAGAGAAGGAAUAUUUAUGGAAGACACAGCCUGCUUUUACUUGGCAGAAAUCUCCAUGGCUUUGGGGCAUUUACAUCAAAAGGGGAUCAUCUACAGAGACCUGAAGCCGGAGAAUAUCAUGCUUAAUCACCAAGGUCAUGUGAAACUAACAGAUUUUGGACUAUGCAAAGAAUCUAUUCAUGACGGAACAGUCACACACACAUUUUGUGGAACAAUAGAAUACAUGGCCCCUGAAAUCUUGAUGAGAAGUGGCCACAAUCGUGCUGUGGAUUGGUGGAGUCUGGGAGCAUUAAUGUAUGACAUGCUGACUGGAGCACCCCCGUUCACUGGGGAGAAUAGAAAGAAAACAAUUGACAAAAUCCUCAAAUGUAAACUCAAUUUGCCUCCCUACCUCACACAAGAAGCCAGAGAUCUGCUUAAAAAGCUGCUGAAAAGAAAUGCUGCUUCUCGUCUUGGAGCUGGUCCUGGGGACGCUGGAGAAGUUCAAGCUCAUCCAUUCUUCAGACAUAUUAACUGGGAAGAACUGCUGGCUCGGAAGGUAGAGCCCCCCUUUAAACCUCUGUUGCAAUCUGAAGAGGAUGUGAGUCAGUUUGAUUCAAAGUUUACACGUCAGACACCUGUUGACAGCCCAGAUGACUCAACUCUCAGUGAAAGUGCCAACCAGGUCUUUCUGGGUUUUACAUAUGUGGCUCCAUCUGUACUUGAAAGCGUGAAAGAAAAGUUUUCCUUUGAACCAAAAAUCCGGUCACCUCGAAGAUUUAUUGGCAGCCCACGAACACCUGUCAGCCCUGUCAAAUUUUCUCCUGGGGAUUUCUGGGGAAGAGGUGCUUCAGCCAGCACGGCAAAUCCUCAGGCGCCUGUGGAAUACCCAAUGGAAACAAGUGGAAUAGAGCAGAUGGAUGUGACGUACUGUUAUGUGCUAAGCUUAACUGGAAGCCUUGGAAUGGGCAUAAGUUGUAUGUCCUACAUUUCAUCCUUAUCCUGGGCCUGCAUUGCACUGGAAAAAUAUCGCCACCUUAUACCAGUAUUUGGUUCAAGACGUCAAAUGUGUUCAGCCUAUGGCUGAAGAAGGACAGAAGAGAGGAUAAAAUGCAUAUCGAGGGCGGCAAAGUGAGAGAGAGGAGGGAGAUCCAGGGGAAGAGGGUGUUGCCACGGUCCACCCUCUAUGUCUAAUCUCUUUACAGCAAAUUGGUAAGGUUUUAAGUUUCACUUCUUUUUACUGUUUUUUGUGUCUGCCUUCCUUACAUUUUUUCCUCAAUGGUUUUAAAAGGAAAAAAGGUAUUUUUUUUUCCUAUAUUGGGGCUACAUUUUUUGAUUGUAAAAGUAUUUGAUGGCCUUUUGAUGAAUGUCUUCCACAGAAAAUAAGAAAACUCAGUGGCUUAAUUUAGGAAACAUGUUAACAAAACACUAUGUUUUUGAAAAUUGUAACAAAGUCUACAUAAGUGAUUUACAGGUACAAAGAAUAAAAAUAAAGGUAACUUUACCUUUCUUAAAUACUUCCUGCCUUAAAGAGAGCGUUUCCAUGACUUUUAGCUGGUGAAAGGGUUUAAUAUCUGCAGAGCUUUAUAAAAAUAUUAUUUCAGUGCAUACUGGUAUAAUAGAUGAUCAUGCAGUUGCAGUUGAGUCUUACCACCUCUUUUUGUUUGUCUUUUAUAAUGUCUUCAGUCUGAGUGUGCAAAGUCAAUUUGUAAUAUUUUGCAACCCUACGAUUUUUUUUAAAUAGAUGCUGCUUGCUAUGUUCUCCAAACCUUUUUGAGCCAUAGGAUCCAAGCCAUAAAAUUAUUUAUGCAUGUUGAAUUCAGUCAGAAAAAAGCUUUGCUUAUUUAAAUGGCGGUUCGAGUGAGAUAAGAUGAAAUCCUAUGACAUUAAGCAAGAAUAGAACCAUGAAAAAUGAUUGGAAAUAUACCUUUUCAAUUGUGGCAAUAAAUGAAACGACUGAUAACAGCUCAUCUUCGGACAGAAAGCCUUUUUUUCUUUUUAAAUCAUUCCCUCUAGACCUCCUCUUCCCUUAUUGCAGCAGUCUACUGAGAACUUUAUAACUGUAGCUAAUAAAUUAGAAACUAAAUAAUGGUAAGGGCAGAAAUUGUACUUAAAGUGCAGGUCUUUGUUCUCUGACAGUUUAUGAUGUCUGAAAAACAGAACCCAAAAAGCUAUGGUGAUUGUACAGGCUUCAUUUCCGACUGUAAAUGGCUUGUACUACUCUGAUACUUGUUUUCAAAUGUGUUUACUAACUAUAGUGUUGACUGCCUGACCAAAUUCCAGUGAAAGUUUUACACCAAAAUAUUCCUCCUCAGUCCUAUUUGCUAGUAACAUUUGCACUGUGAUUGGCUGGCUAUAACCACCCCAUAGUUAAACCAGUUUCAUAAUUAGUACUGCCAGCAAUAGUGGCAAACACUGUAACUUUCUGCAUAAAAAGUAUUAAUUGCACACUUACCAUUCACACAAAUGCUUUUCAAACUUAACAUUCAGUGAAGUUAAUUUUCUAUACUGUGGCAAGUUUAUUGAGAAAUUGUUUCAUAAAUGGAUAUUCCUACUAUGACUGUGAAAACAUGUCAAGUGCCACUUUAGUGUCACAGACAGAAAGCACACACCUAUGCAAUAUGGCUUACCCUAUAUUUAUUUGUAAAAACCCAAGCAUAGUUUAAAAAUAUAUGUCAAUAAUACUAGUCUUGAGUUUCUAAGAAGGUUCUUUAUGAUUAUUCCAGGUAAGUGUAUAAAGAGAUUAAGUGUUUUUCUUUCAUCACUUGAUUAUUUUCUUUAAAAUCAGCUAUUACAGGAUAUUUUUUUAUUUUAUACAUGCUGUUUUUUAAUUAAAAUAUAAUCAUUGAGAGCUGAAGUUUACUAAUUUUGAUUUUAUAAGGUUUGUAGCAUUACAGAAUAAACUGGGAUUUAUAAACCAGCUGUGAUUAACAAUGUAAAGUAUUAAUUAUUGAACUUGAACCAGAUUUUUAGGAAAACUGUUAUUUCUUUUUCCCCUUUAUGGUCUUAACUAAUUUGAAUCCUUCAAGAAGGAUUCUUCCAUACUAUUUUUUGAGAUAGAAGGUAACUGGGGGGGAAGAAUGCAUGUAUGAUACUCCAUAAAUUCAACACUCUUUAAGAAAUAAAUGAUUAUAAAUAAGCUGCAUCUUCAAUAGUAUUAAUAUCCCAAGCCUUGGAUUUUAUAUUUAAUAUAGGACCUACCUAUUUUGGUUACUUAGUCAUAUGGUUCCUAGCUUAUAAGGGCUAGAUCUAAGAUUAUUCUCAUGAGAAAUGUUCAAUUUAUGCAGAAUGGAUUUUGAGGCUGUGGAAAUGGUUAAUUCCUCAAAUAAAAACAUCAAUGUCCAAACAUCUACCUUUUUUCAUAGGAGUAGACACUAGCAAGCUGGACAAAAUAAUCAUAAAGUAUUUGUUCCACCAUGACCUGUGGUCUGUUGCUGACUGAUACAAAAUUCUUCAUGUGUGAUUCUUAAUUUACCACUAUAGCACAACUAUUAUAUCAGUGGAUUAUCUAAAGUAACAUUUGAAAGAUGGGUUCAUCUGUGUUUGCUCUUUAAACUAUUAUUUUUUUUCCUACCCCAAGUUGGCUUUGCAUCUACCAGAGUAAAUUCUUCAGCUGCCUUAUUAGGAGUGCUUUGAGGGUAACACCUUUUCUGCUUUUCAUCUUGUGUUUAGUUUACUGUAUUAAGUAUUUGAUUUCAGAUUGAAUGAAUGUAAAUAGAAAUUAAAUGCAAAUUUGAAUGAACAUAAA